AUGUCUGUGCUCUCAGAUCUCGUCAACCUCUCCCUCUCCGAUGCCACCGAGAAAAUCAUCGCCGAAUACAUAUGGAUCGGUGGAUCUGGAAUGGACAUUAGAAGCAAAGCCAGGACGCUACCAGGACCCGUGACCGAUCCAUCAUCGCUUCCCAAGUGGAACUACGACGGAUCCAGCACCAAUCAGGCCGCCGGAGAUGACAGUGAAGUCAUCCUAUACCCUCAGGCGAUUUUCCGUGAUCCGUUCAGGAGAGGCAACAACAUUCUGGUGAUAUGUGAUGCUUACACACCGAAAGGAGAUCCAAUCCCGACCAACAAGAGGCACAACGCCGCUAAGAUCUUCAGCCACCCUAACGUUGCCUCUGAGGAGCCCUGGUAUGGGAUUGAGCAAGAGUACACAUUGAUGCAGAAGGAUGUGAACUGGCCAAUUGGUUGGCCUGUUGGUGGCUACCCUGGCGCUCAGGGGCCAUACUACUGUGGCGUGGGAGCAGACAAGGCCAUCGGUCGUGACAUAGUGGAUGCACACUACAAGGCCUGUCUCUACGCCGGUAUUGGCAUCUCCGGUGUCAACGGAGAAGUCAUGCCUGGCCAGUGGGAGUUCCAAGUCGGUCCUGUUGAAGGUAUUGGUGCUGGUGAUCAAGUCUGGAUCGCUCGUUACCUCCUCGAGAGGAUCACCGAGAUCUCUGGUGUUAUAGUCAGCUUCGACCCUAAACCAGUCCCGGGAGAUUGGAACGGAGCUGGAGCUCACUGCAACUACAGUACGAAGUCGAUGAGGAACAAUGGAGGAUUGGAGGUGAUAAAGAAAGCGAUAGGGAAGCUUCAGCUGAAACACAAGGAGCACAUUGCUGCUUACGGUGAAGGCAACGAGCGUCGUCUCACUGGGAAGCAUGAGACGGCAGACAUCAACACUUUCUCUUGGGGAGUAGCGAACCGUGGAGCUUCGGUGAGAGUGGGGAGAGACACUGAGAAAGAAGGGAAAGGUUACUUCGAGGAUCGCAGGCCAGCUUCCAACAUGGAUCCUUAUGUCGUCACCUCCAUGAUCGCUGAAACCACCAUCCUCGGUUAA